AACUGGAACGAAGUGUAAUGUCAGAUUACAAAUAUUAAUUUUACUGCUCACUGACGUCGUUGUGUUAUGAUUUUCUUUUAUUAUUUAAUUUACAAACGUAUUUUCAAUUAGAAAGCCGUUAUAAGGUGUUCAACAAAGUUUUCUAUUGCUCAACUUGCAAAAUAAGGUGCUAUGAAUUUGCGUUAAUCCCGAAAUGGUGAUGUAUUGAGAUAUAAGGUGACGUCAAAACGAACAGCAGUACAAAAUGGAACGAGUGCAAAAUACGAAUAAAAAUCGAGACGGCAUGAACAAUGAGAUUUCAUCAACGUCAAGUGAUGACACACAGGCACCUGUCAAAAGAUUCACCAAAUACAAGAAGCAUUAUAAUGAAACUACGUCGGAUAAUGAGGUUGAACCAAGGAGAAUGCAAUCUAGAAAUCAUUAUAAAAGCAUGGGGAAUUUAAAUGAGACCUAUAGGGAUUUUAGGACAGUCCAAAAUAGUAUUAGCAGUAUAGACCUAAGUUUACACGGCGAAGAUAUUAAGAAAUUCGACUCAUUAAAAAUACCUAUAGUAGGUUUUGAGGUUAUGGAGGAACGAGCAAGAUUCACAAUCUACAAGUUGAAGGUAGAAGACGAUAAUAGAGACCAAUCUUGGCUAGUUUUUCGAAGAUACACAGAUUUUGUAAGGUUAUUCUCGAGGAUAAAAGCUGAACAACCGAAUUUGAAUUUACCGUUGCCCGGUAAACGGUGGUUUCGUGAUAAUUUUGAGCCGGCCUUUUUGGAAGAACGAGUUCGUGGUUUACAGAUAUUCGUUAACGCUAUUAUUAAUAAGCUUCCCAACCACCCGGUUGUUAGAGAGUUCUUCUGCCUUGAUGAACCUCCUCAAGUGUUCAGCUAUCAGCCGGAAGUCCAAGCGGUGUAUGGAGCUUUAGAAGAUUCGAUAACUACCCUUAAGAUGCAGUUGAAGCAGAAAGAUGCGACGAUCAUGCAUUUACAAAAGAGGUUAGCUCAGUUUGAGACGCAGGUGAAGAAGUGUGGGAAUUGUAGUACAAAUUUAGCAGUUUGAUAUAUUAUUGAAGGCUUAUUUUACAAGUUGAAGCUCAUCUGUCUCGGUUUUUCACUUAAAAGUGAGUGAGAUAGCAUGAGAGUUUGAAAUUAUACUGGAACGCAAACCACCUACAUAAACCGUAGCAAUAUUUAGCGGAUGUUUUAAAGUUAAGCGAAAAUAGUCCUUAUAACUAUUAGCAUAAAGUGCAUAGGUUUAGAAAGCGUGCGAGCAUUGUUUUGUUUAACAAAACAAACUUUCGGUUAAUAGUUAUAAAGUAUAUUUUCAAACGUCAUAAAAUCCAGGGUUAAAGAUUCACAGAUCAGCGUUUUAGAAAUUCAUUUUUAUCAAGCAGUGUUGUAUUUUUAACACUCUGCCCAAGAUUUUAAAGUUUAAAUUUAACUAACAGAUGUUCUGUUAAUAUUUGAACGCUGAACUAUACGCGACGGAUCUCGGGCUCGAUCCCCGCGUAGGACAAGCAUUUGUGUGAUCCACGAAUGCUUGUCCUAGGACAAGCAUUUGUGUGAUCCACGAAUGCUUGUCCUGAGUCUGGGUGUCUUUGUGCAUGUGACUUGAAUGUUUAUGAAACCCCCGCGAUUCCUUACUGCGGAGGCGUUAUUUAAAGAAAAAAUGGAAUUGCGUUUUCAGUAUUUUAAAAAACAAAUAGCGUUUGAGGUGACAAUGAAUGUUGUACAAAUUUUUGAGAUUUUUUUUAAUACUGUGCGUUUUAAUUUCUAGAUGGAAUUUAUUUAGCAUGGACUUUAUGUUGUCUAAUAUAAUCUGUUGCGUCUUUUGCGAUUCGCGUUAAGAUGAAUUGCUUAAAAAAAUUAUAUAACGUGAUUAUUGCUAUCUUUUACUAACAUUCAGUGCGAGAAAAGGACGGCAAUAAUUUAGAAGUUACAAAUUAAUUUAAUUUCUAUCUGAAACUAAAACACACAGUAUCGCCGAAGCCUUAUAAAUAAAUAUUAGUUUUAAACCAAAAAUUGUAUUGAACUAAUUCAUUAUUAAAUCUUUAUUUAGCUAGAGUAAUGUGCGAGGUACAAUAAAGACCUGUAGACUUAUAUAUCUCUGAGCGGUAACAAAUGAUCGUGCUCAUCACACAAACAUUUGUCCUGGGUGGGAAUCGAUCCCUACGACCACCAUCCAGUGUAACAGUCAAGGCCAUUAAAGACUAGGCCAACAGGCUUGGAACCCGAUUCAGCGGCCAUUGUGAAUAGAACAGUUUUGGCCCAGUAUUGCGUAGAAUCGGACUACGGAACUAAUUUCUACCGGGUAAUGCCUAUUGAAUAUCAGAGGAGGUGUUGUAUAGCUCGUAAGUUUCUAACUCGGUCUAAAUAAAUACUUAAUAUACGGCAUAACAGGUGCUUUUGUCACUAAUCAAUAGAUUUGCAUUUAAUUCUCUUAAGGUACAAAAAAUGUUUUUAAUAAAUUAGAAUUAUUUUUAUUGUAGACAAAUAUUUAGUUUAAUUUUCGCCCUUUCAGUGCUUCUUUCGUGUUAAUUCGUCAUUUUUUUGCUCUAAAAAUUAUUUUGGUUAAUCGAA